UAACUGUCAUUUUAGACAACUCCCUGUGCGUUUUCCAGAUGAGAUCAUCAAUGUUUUGGUGUUCAUGUGAUUCCUGAAUCAGUGCAACUAAUUAGUGAUUAAUUAUUUUGUGUAUUUGCACUUGUGUGUAUUAUUAAUAUUUUCCCGGUCUUUUGACACUUCGCUGUCAAGUUGACAGUUGUAAUAAACCGUGAAAAUGGCAGAGUUGUUAUCGGUUCCGUUGAAAAAACCGUCAGAAGUGGAUAUAGUAACACCUCUGAAAAAUUUAAUUCAGUCCAGGUACAGUACGGCUGAUAAGCCCGAAGACUGCAAUGAGGCAAUAAGCGAGUUGGCGAAACUUCGGAACACCGCAAUUUGGAAAGCCUUCGAGAAGUAUGAGAGUUCGUUGGAGAUUAUUUAUGGAUAUUACGACCAGUUGGUGUCUCUUGAAACGAAAAUUCCGGCCCAGGAGUUGCAAGUUCCAUUUAAAUGGAAGGACGCCUUUGACAAGGGCUCGAUCUUUGGCAACAGAAUCAGCCUAACGAUUCCUUCACUCGGCUAUGAAAAAAUCUGUGUCUUGUUCAACAUUGCGGCUUUGCAGAGUGCAGUGGCCGCCAGUCAGAGUAUCGAAAGUGAUGAGUCACUCAAAUUGGCGGCAAAGUUGCUACAGCAAGCAGCUGGGAUUUUUAAUCAUUUGAAAUCUACCGUAAUGUUGACUAUGCAACAAGACCCCACUCCUGAUUUAAAUCCCGAUACUUUGGGCGCUUUGUCCAACUUAAUGCUAGCGCAAGCACAAGAGAUUUUUGUUCACAAGGCAAUCCACGACAAUAUGAAAGAUUCUAUUGUGGCAAAAUUGGCGUCGCAGUGCGAGGAUUUGUAUGGUGAAUGUUUGAAAGUGUUCCAAAGGGAAAAUCUUAAAAAUAAUUGGGACAAAGAUUGGAUCCCAACGAUUGCAGGCAAACAGGCUGCUCUGCAUGCCGUGGCUCAAUUCUAUCAAAGUUUAGUGUGCCGGAGCAACAAACAAAUCGGUGAAGAAAUCGCGAGGUUGGAACAUUCCGUUUCACUGUUUCAAACAGCCCAACAACGUUCAGGCAAAGCGUCACUCUUCCAAGAGUUACAACACAAAGCGCAAAGAAACUUGGCUGAAGUAAAAAAAGACAACGAUUUUAUUUACCAUGAAAGAAUUCCUGAUAUAAAGUCACUGGAACCUAUUGGCAAAGCUCAACCGGCGAAAGUUUUACCCAUAGCACAACCAAUGAGCCAAGGAUUUAAAGAUUUGUUUAGUGAGUUGGUUCCAGUGGCGGUACAUCAGGCUUUGGCUGCGUAUGAUGUGCGUAAAACCGAAAUUGUUAAUACUGAAAUUGGGCGUCUUCGAGAGUCAACUACUACGUUGAAUGGAAUUUUAGCUUCGUUGAAUUUGCCGGCUGCGAUUGAAGUUACUGAUGGCAGUUCAGGUCUACCACCUUCAAUUAUCGAAAAAGCCAAUACUGUUAAUCAGUUGGGCGGCAUAAACGAAUUGGAAAAAAUGAUAAGGGAAUUACCAGAUGCCCUCAAGAGGAAUCAAGACAUUCUGGACGAAACUGACCGGAUGUUGAAUGAAGAGAAACAAGCUGAUGAUUCUUUGCGCCAACAAUUCAAAGAACGGUGGACUAGAACACCGUCCGAUAAAUUGAACGAAAUGUUUCGCUCAAAUGCCGCAAAGUAUCGAGAGAUUAUCAACAACGCUGUUCAGGCUGAUAAAGUCGUCCGUGAGAAAUUCGAGUCUCACCGCGAAGGCAUCGCUCUUUUGAGUAAAUCGCCGACUGAGUUGCAAGCAGCGGUCCCUCAAGGACCAUCCGGUAACGUAACAAAUUCCUCGGCUGUUACCACUUUAAGACAGUUGAUGGAAGAAGUUGAAACGAUCAAAGCAGAACGCGACGUCAUCGAAUCAGAAUUAAAAAAUACCAACUUUGAUAUGAAAUCUACAUUUUUAUCGGCGCUGGCUAAAGACGGGGCUAUAAGUGAACCGGCUUUGUCCGUUGAAAGUCUGGGUCAAGCUUACGGUCCCCUUCAGAAGCAAGUUAGAGAGAGUAUUGAGAAACAGGAGAGUCUUAUUGCAAGGAUACAACAAGCCCAUUCCCAGUUUGUUCAAGAGAGAGGUUCAACGGCUUCUGGGAGGGAAAGUAAAAUGGUUCAAUUGGCGGGUGCUCAUGAUGCAUUUAGAGACCUUUUGAAUAAUUUAACAGAAGGGACAAAGUUUUACAAUGAUUUGACUCAGUUAUUAGUCGCUUUCCAAAAUAAAGUCUCCGAUUUUUGCUUCGCACGCAAGACUGAGAAAGAGGAGUUGCUGAAAGAUCUUACACAGGAGUCAAGCAGAGGGGCGGUGCCGCCGCCCACCCAACCGUCCUAUUACACAGGCCCAGAUGUGAAGAAAGAGGCCCCUCCGAGGCCCCCACAGCCUUCGCAGCCUGCGCAGCCUGCGCAGCCCCCGCAAGCCCCGCAGCCCUCUGGGGUCCCAUAUCCCGUUUACGUCCAAGGAAUGCCUGUACCAUAUGGGGCGUCCACUUCAACCCCCUAUCCUGCUUACGUGCCACCGCCCAUGCCUCAAGGUUACAACCCAUAUGGCACGAUGCCGUAUCCCAAUUCGUAUAAUUAUCCAGGUGGAUUUCCAGCUGCUCCAGGUUAUGGGCAACAGCCACCUCCGGGGAGUUAUCCCCAACAACCACCGGCGGGAUAUCCUCCACAAAAUCCAGGGGGCUAUCCACCAAAUCCCUGGUAGUGCUAUCUACAGCCAGUGUUGUGUUAAGUUUAGAUCAGGUAAAUUUCGUCAUCAAGCAAUUUGUUAAUUUAAAAAUUAAUUAUCACGAGUCUAUAUGAAUAUUAUGAUGUAUCUUUAUCUAAGUUUAUGUAGAGAGCAAUUAUUGUUAACCGAAUCUGUCAAUUCUAUCUAAGUUGCAAAAUUCAUUUUUGUAUCAUAGUGAAAUAUUUUUAUACUAUUAUUGAUGUUAAUUAUUAUGGAUUGUAAGGAUAUUAGUGCCUCCGUUUGUAUUAAUCUUGCAAAAUAAAUGAUUACCAAAUA